AUCUGAUACACGCCGUGGGACCAACUGGGUGCAAAAUAACAGCGGCACUCGCUAAGGGAAAGUCUUUCUUCUGAGAAGAACGAACGCCUUUUUAAAAACAAAAUACACAAGCAGUCAGUACUUUACUCUUCCCCUCCCUGCUGUAUUUACAGAUGUGUUCUACCUCACUUGAACGGCCCGUGUAGUUUCUUUUGAAAAUUUUGUUUUUCAUCUCGUUUUGUUUACAAACUGACUGCAAAAAUACUUGACACACACAGGAAGAGAGAGAGAGAGAGAGAGAGAGAGAGAGAAGGCAGGUCGUCUUUGCAUGUAAACCCAAGUGAACGACCAUAUGACAGCACUUUGCAUUGUGGUCUCUGUUCAGCUGAACAUUGCCUGAGCGAUCAUUGGGCACUGUUUGCUCACCAGCCUCUUCUCUUCCCCCUAAGAGAUUGGUUGUCUGCCUGUGCAUUUAAAUUGCUGGCCAGCUUCACAGCCAGACCACCAUGUUCCACCGACUCACCAGCCUUUUCUAUGGGGAAACAGAAGAAGUCUGCACCCAGGGUCCUGAUCCCAGCUUGACUGAAAAGGAGGAUGAUGGCUGGCUCAUUGUUGACUUUCCAGAUGAUUGCACUCCCCCCUCAAGUGAAGAAGUGGAAGUGAAGGCAAAUGUUGCCAGGCCUAGCUCUUGCCUUUCUGAUGCAUCCCCUCCAUCAGCCUCCUCUUCUCUUGAGAGUCUCUGUCGCUGUGGAAGUGGCUCCAGUCCUCCACAGACUUUACCCUGCACUUUGGAAGAGAGUUGGUUUGUCACCCCUCCCCCCUGUUUUACUGCAGAAGGCCAGGAUGAUAUCCAAGUGGAGAGCAGCCCUCUGGAGAACCUUCUCAUUGAGCACCCAAGCAUGUCCGUCUACGCUGCCAGCAACACCCAUAUCACUUUGGAGGAAGAUACCAGCGAGGAAAUCAAUGAUGGAAACACCCCUCAGCACAGGGUGGAAAGAUGGGCUGCUCCCGCUGCUGCAGCAGUUGCAGGUCGAGCUGGCGGUAUCCUGGAGAAGGCGAGUCAGGUCCGUCGGAUCCAGCGAGCCAAGCAGCGGGCGGAGAGACGCCAGCUGAGCCGUAACCGCAUUCAGAGACAGAACCUGGCCAAGGAGUGCCGUUUCCAACGGACCAAGCACCGUGGCAGCUUUGUCUACCAACCAUGUCGCCGUCAGUACAACUACUAAACCAUGCAGGACAGCAGAAAGUGAAACCAACGUCAACAGCAGAGGAAGGAGGGGUCAGAUAGCCAACAUUUAGCAGUGGGUUUGGACGCGCUGUGCAACUCGCCGCACAGGUUUUGAACUUAAGCUGGCUUUUAAGCGUAGCUUUUCAAAAUAAAAGUCGUUCCGUUCUGCGACUGGGACACAUCAUCUGGGACCUUUUUAAUCUUUUUUCCCCUCCUUUCCUGUGUCUUCAUUUUAAGUCAAUUUGUUUAGGAUUGUUUUAGAUGCAUUGGGUCCUUUCCAUUUAAGCCUCGGUUAUACUUAUUUGUUGGGUCAUUGCAGUGCAGUGCUUGUUUUUAGUAAUUGAAUGGUAUGGUGGGGGAAUGUGCAAACCAAAGGAAGCGAUGAAGCUGUUGGCAUGUUAGCCUGUUAACUCUUUGCAUCAGUUCAUUUUAUGAGGAUGUAAUUGCAUUUGCCUGGCUUGGACAGUUGGACAGGUCUGGGUCUUAAGAAUAUUUGUCAAAACCACAGAAUUUUCAGUCCCAUUCAACAUCCCACCUGAAGAAUCCAUUGGUAUUAAAUAGAUUUAUUUUUCUAAUCCACUGGUUCAGAGAUGUUAAUACACAUUGCUGCAACAGAUGGGACUUGUUCCUGGGUCUCCUGGCUCAGAGGUAAGGACACUACCACGGUGCUACGAGGGCCCUCAAGGUUAAACAGAUGCUGUAAUCCUUGCCUGGCAAAUUACACCAGUGUUGAAAGAACUGUUUGUUUGAGAGAUCAUCUAACCGGGUAGUAUCCGCUUUCUUGCCAGAUCAGGAAAUUAUUUUUUUGAAAGUGGUGGGCGUGUGAAAUGCGCUGCCAGCAGUGGUAGUGGAGUCAGAUACUUUAGAGUUGCUUAAAAGUCUCUUGGAUAGGCGCACACAGGAUAGUAAAAUGUAGGGUAUGCACGGUAGUUUGAUCUUAGGAUAAUAGGUCGGCACAACAUCGUGGACCGAAGGGCCUGUACUGUACUGUGCUGUGCUGUACUGUUCUACGUUCUUAAAUACCUGCUGAAUUCCUGGUCCUUCAGGCUGUAAUGAUGACAGUACAGUUAAGUUUACUUUUGAUCCACUGUUUACUAUUGGCACUGGCAUUUGGUGCCAAGUACUCUAAUCUUGUUUACACUGGUCACCAUGGUUGUGUUGGCCUCCUUUUGCACAUUUCACUGACCAGGGAUGUCUUGGCCUUGUUGACAAAUCUGGCUUGGGUCAUAGUUAGGGGUUUGGCUGAAGCGAUGACCCUGGGGUCAAGGUGACCUUGGGGUAAGGCUCUGACUUUGUUUCAGACAUGUAGCAUUUUCAUCAGAAGGGUUUUAAUUUGAUGGAGGUUAGUCUGGAUUAGGUGAAUUUGCCAGAUUUUUGGGAAGGGGGAGGGGGAAGAGAGAUGCAGCAAGUGCCAAUAUAAUUUGUGAAACUGCAUUUGAUGCUUCCUUUUCAGCCUUCCUGCUUAAUCUAAAUGGUUGCAGACUUUUGUCAAAGUUGUGAUCAAAAUUAAGUGGCAGAGGGGACAGAGAUUUAGUAAUUCUUAAAAUCAGUUCCUUUUUAAUCAACAGCUAGAAUAGUUUAUUUCUUCUGCAUAAAUCUGGGAGGCAUUUACAUACUUAUCCUGUUUUAAAAUGCAGCGAAAUCACCUACUAAAAGUGAUCAUUUAAUGAAGAAAAAAUGCUAAGAGAUCUUGAUCCUUUUUUCAAAUAUCCCAAGCUAACUAAUUUCAUGUGUCAGUGUAGUACAGUGAUAUUUUGUUGCUGAACUAGCAGUGAGUUCAAAUCCAAUCAUGGCCCUACAAGAUUUUGAAUUCCCCUUUUUAUCUUAAAAAUAAAAACUUGCAAAUGAAAGACUGAUAUCUGUAAAAUUGAACUUAAAAUUGUGUGUAUUAGAAACCCAGCUAGUUCACUUAAUGUUCUUUUUUAGGAAGGAACUCUGCUACUAGUCAGGCCUGUAUUGGAGAUAAUUUAUUUCAAAAUGAAACUGAAUGUACAGUUAAGGAAAAUAGACUUGCAGAGCUACAGGAAGUUCUGGGACAGAGGGGUGCAUGAGAAGAGGUACCUGACUGACCAGUAAUGACUCAAUAUGACCCUGAUUUCUCAAAUGCCAUCUAACUUGGGUCAACAAGUCAGGUGGUUGUCUCUCUAUAUUGGAAUUCCAAUUCAAAACCUCCAGUGCUUCCAAGGUGGUCCAUUACCACCACUUCAAUCCACUAAGGGAAGGGAUGGACACUAAAUACAGCCUUGCCAGUAACAUACAAAUCCCAAAAGAUUUUUCCAAAAAUUGUACUUGUACUGGACAGUUACGACCUUUACUUGAGAAUGUACUUUCCUCCUUUAUAAAAAUACAGAUCUUCAGUAGGACUAGUUUUGAUUCACUGAUUUCCUCUCUCUAGGUUGAAAAUAUAUAUUGAAAUUGAUUUCCAACUUGUGCAUCUUUAAAUGGGAGAGAAUGGAUUAAUGAUUUCUUGUCCUCCAUUCCUCACCUUUGAGUGCAUUUCAUCUCCCCUCUCGUGUUGCCUCUCUAAAACUUUGGGUCAAAUGACUUUUUUAAUCCAAAAAUCAGUUAAUUCACCUUUACACUUGAGGAAGAGUGAAUAGUUAACUUGUCCUCAUUUUUAUACUUUUCAAUCUGUUGAAAAGUUUGAUCAGUUGUGACUUGGAGCUCUCCAUGUGGGAAACUGCCUGGACCUGGCUAGUAAUAUUUGCACUGCAACGGUGGAUUAUACAGCACCAGCAUAUUUCACCACUGUGCUAUUUGCAAACAUGUAUUUUCUUUUACUUUUCAUUGAUGAACAUAUCUUUUACAAUGGAUUUAUUUCCAGCCAUACUCACUGGAAAAUGUAACCCACCCAUUUGCAGAACAGAUUUCAAACAGAGGUUGGUCCCGAGAAAUAACGCACUGAAAUAAGAAUUACUUUUAACUCUAUAUUUGAUGCAAUUCCUCUGUUAUAUAGAUUUUGCACAAAAAGUGAUCUGUAUUAACUUAAAAUAUGGUACUGAUUUCUCCUCUUUAUUCUAUCAUGGGAUGUGUGUGUCACUGUCAAGGCUGACAUUUUUGUCCAUCCUUAAUUGCCCAUGAACUAAUUGACUUGCUAGAACAUUUCAGAGUCUACUACAUUGUUGUGGGUUUGGAUUCAGGCCAAUCUGCUUAAGGAUGGCAAACUUCCCUCUCUAAAAGACAGUUGUGAAAUGGGUCAUGAUUAUGAUUACUAAGACAAGCUUUUACUUCCACAUUUAUUAAUCAAAUUCAAAUUCCUUAAGCUGCUGUGUUAGGAUUUGAACCUGUGUCCCCACAGCAUUAGCUCAGGACUCUAGAUUACUAGUCUCAAGACAUUACUACUACAGCAACAUCUUGCUGAUCUCGUACUGUGACUUUUUGCCUCUUUAGGGUGCUGAUCAAAUUGCUGUGCAUUUUCAGCAAUUUGUUUCUUUUGUGAACAACUGUAUUUCCCUGUCCCAACUUCCUUGAAAUCACAAGCUUUCGGAGAGCUGCUCCUUUCUCAGAUCAGCGUGUGACCUGUGACAUUCUCCGCCCCAGUCAAACACUGGCAUCUUUGCAUCACAAUUUUCUUGGCCAGCCUUUGGUCCCUCUUUAAUCAUGCUACCGUGUAGCUACUCUACAAUUCCACCUUUAAUUCAAUUUGAACUUUCUAUCAGUACUAAUCACAGAAUUGUAAUGGUGCAGAAGUAAGUUGUUCAACCAUCAUUGUCUCUCUCUGAGCAAUUAAUGAUGCACUUCACAAUUCCUGUCCACCUAGUUAACAGAUGAUUAGAGUGGGGGAGGACUAGAGGGAGAAAGAGUGCACAGAAAAAUCUAACUGCCAAUUGGGAAAAAUGCUUGUCACUAAUAAUGUAAUUUGUAUUUGUAACAUACUCUGAUAAAUGUACACACUGCACUGUACUUGCACUAGUGUAACUGGGGCUUUCAACAGCAAUUUGUAUCUACUGACUAACUUGUACUGGAUGCCUUGCUUAAAAGGUCCUGACACUACAGUCUAACUUCUGGAUCAACAAAGUGUGGUGCUGACUGACAAAAAUAACUAUUUUGUAACUGAAAACAUGUAGGUUUGUGGACAGUAUUAUAUCUCUUAAAUAUAAUAGAAUAUUUUGAAGUAUAUGCUGUGCUAUUGAGACCAGUAUUCUGAAGUAGAAUUGCUUGUCAGUGACUGGAAUGAGAGUGUUCUGCUGAUGUAUGUUUUUUGUUUGAUUUAUUUAAGGAUAUAUGUGAUGUGAGCUGCAAUUUUUUCCUUUCUAGACAGCGCAGACUCUCUCAGGGACAAUAUGUCAAUGCAGUGUGUGUUUUUAAAAUUCGAAAACAAAAUAACAUCCAUAUUGAACAAAAAGCUUCUGAGGCUUUGGUGCAUAUUUAGUUUGACUGUUUUCCUGGUUUCUGUUCAUUACAAUGUCAGGGUGGAUAAUAAAAAAAGUAAUAUUUUUUACAAAGAAAAAAUUACUCUCAGCAUGAAGACUGCUUUCUUUCAAAUGAAGCAACUGAGUCUACUAUAAUAUUUUAAUUCUCCAUGCAUGGUGUUUUGAGAAUUCAGGUUUAAGGUGAAUGAUUUUAUCCAUUCUGUUGUAUGGAAGUGUAAUGAUCUCUUUAGUACUUGAACAUUUUCAAUGGACAAGCCUCUAUCUUUUGUUUUACACUAAGUUUUAAUUUAAUGCAGGGUCCUGUCUAAUUCACAAAAUACUUCAGUGUAUCCUGCAGCUGUUUCAUCUACUUGAGAAUCAAUCUUUUCGUGAAUUGUGAUCUUUAUAGGAAGCUAGUAAGUUCUCAAUUCCUUCUCAUUUAAGGAAUUUGAUUGUUUGAAUAGGUCUUGAUGUACAAUAUUAAGUGCUUUGUGUGUCACAUUAGAAAAAUAUUCUUAACCUGGACUCUUAAAGCAAUACUCUUCUGGGGAAAUUCAGUGAACAUACGAAUGGCAUUCCCUGCUACGCUCCCACCCCCUCUCCAAAUUGCGGGUCUGCAAUGCUGUCUUGAUAUUCAAAUAGUUAGACCAUUAAAUUUUUAAAAGCAAAAAAAAACCCGCUGAAUUUCAGAAGCAGAAUGUAUUUCUAAAUCUGAGAUUAUGGCAUGGAAAUAGUACGUUUUAAUCCAUCAUGUUUAUCCUCGCGUUUUCUCCAGAUGGGCUACCUUGUUUAAUCCCAGUCUCUUACUUGCUCUAAGUCAAUAUUUUCCCAAGGAAAUCUGCAUAAUAUUCUUCCUCUCUGUUUCUCUCAUUAAUGUUGCCCAGCUCUAGCUUUAGAAAAUAAAGGUUGCAGUUCUGUUCCGUACACACCACCUGCUGGACGUUCAACAUCAUUGCCAGACUAUAUUUACAGCAUAUUAGGAUGAAACACCGUACUAAACGAUGGUGUCAUUUUUGUAAAUUUUGUUGUCGUAUUAUAAAUAAUUUUGCAUAUUCUACUGAGCAGCUAUAGUGAUCAAGCCACAUUUUUGUAAUAACACAAGGUGAUAACUGGUUCCUUUGUUCUAAUUACAAUUCCCAGUGUAUACUGUAGUGUUACAAGAUAAUAUGUAAAAUAUUUAAUUAGAAAAAACUGCUUGUUUUCAUCAGUAACUUACCUCUCAUCAUGUAUUGAAUUGACUGUGUAUGUGCCUUCCACUUUGGAGAUGGUUUGAUGGGUUUUUAAAUUGUGUACGUAUAUUUAAAAAAAGAAAUGGGAGACUUGAGUAGCAACAGUAAAGUCCUAUGCAAAAAGAGGCAGCUUGUUUUUCUUUUUAGUCUUUAAUUUUUUAAUUCUUGGAAGUGUGAAAUUUAUAACUGGACUAUGGGUGUGGUAAUAGUGCUUACAUUAAUACUAUUGUAGCCACUUGAUGACUGUGGGAAUUUCAUUAUUUUCAUAAAAGUUCACUUUUUCCAAAAGUGUCGUCCUGAGUCUUUCACUUUCAAGAUUAAUAGUGUAGAAUUGCUUGAGUUUUAUAAUUCUCAUACCGUCCCAAAAUGCUUGAAAUUCCAAGUCUAAUGACUAAAAUGAUAGCUGUCGCUAUCAUACUGAAGAUUAAUGGAAAUCAUUUGUGAAAUUUGGGCAAGGGCAGCUCCAUUGGGCAUACUAUCUCUUUUUAAUGAUUCUGCUGCGGUCCUAUUGCUCCCCUUGAGUCACAAGGUGUGUGCUGCUUAUUUUACAUUACAGGAGGCCAUUUAGCAUUUUAUGCAAAUGGUGUACUCCUAUGGUACAGUGGUAUAGACCCAUCUCUGAGCAAGGAGGUGCAGGUUCAAGUUACAACUGCUUCAGAAGUGUGCCAUAACCCGUCUGAACAAGCUGAUUCAAGAUAUUCACAUUAAGACAGUGUUCCCAACACUAGCUACAUGAAAUCAUGCUAAUUAUGUGCAAACUCUUGCACAUUCUGAAUGAUGACAAGACCUUUUUUUACAGGUGGCAGUAGGGAUAUCUUUUGCUGACAGUUCAAGUUAAUUUGGAUUUAGUAUUUGUAACAUAUGCUUUACAAUGCAAAGCAGUUUCCUAGUCUGGGUUGAACGACUUGGUCAUAACAUGUGGCAGCUCUCCAGAGUAACCCGUUUAGGUCCCAACCCCUUGGCUGCCUAUCUAAUUUUCCUUCUGAAUGCAUUGAUCAUUUCUGCUUCCAUCACCCUAUUAGGCUGUAAUCCCUGUUGGUGAAUAGACAGCACAGCACUACAUUACCCUGAUGGCUCUUUUUUAACUGGUCCGAACACCUCCCCCCACCCCGCCACUGCUUCUGAUGUGUGAACCUACACCUCAAGCACAUCUUCCUCCUUUUCCCUUACCUUGUUUCCCUGUACUUGUUAACCAUUUAAAUUUCAUUCAGGAUUCUCUCCCUCCUUUUUGUUUCAGUCACAAUGGGGCCAAUGGCCUCCUAUAGUGUGAAUGGUUUAACUUUUCUCCAAAGCGUUCUACCUCCUGCUUAGCAGGAAAAGAUUCCAGUAAAUCUAGAGACCACCCACUUUUCCACCUGCUCACUAAUAUUUGAAUUUCCUCCUGCUCUAUACUCUGAUCUUUCAAAUCUUCCAUCAUGACAAAGUCCACUUUCAGUCUAUGCUCUUAUUAACAAUCAAUGCUCUGAGCAACAUGUUCACCAAUAACCUGCUCAUAAAUGCUCAGUUUGGGUUUUACUAGGAUGUCUUGGCUCCAGUCAACCAGGAGCAUACUACUGUUAUGGAAACUUAAAAUAAGCAAAAUACUGGCAAAAUUCAGGUUUGGCAGCAAUACUGCAGAGAGACACUUCUGGAGGACUAACUUUUCUGUCAUUCAACCACCUUCAUCUUCCACCUUUCACAGAUUUGACUUUGUCCCACCCAAAGUUAUCAUUUGACUGUUCUCUAUUCUGAUGGAAGAUCACAGACCUGAAAUGCUCUACACAGCUGCUGCCUAACCUGCAUUUUCUUUUUGCAACAUUUUUGUGUGUUAGGUUCCUUAUUGAGAUAUAGGAAUGAUGCACAAGAAAUAUGUGGGGGUAGGGGGGAAUGGGCAAGUUUGUACAGGAUGCCAAGAAUGGUGGCUGAUUAACAGUGAGUUACAGGAAGAUGCAGACAUCUUGGUCAGAUCGGCAAAUCAGUGAUAGAUGGCAUUUAACCCUGAAAAGUGUGAAGUGAUGCACUUUUCCCCAAAAGUGCAAUGAUUAGGGAAUACUUGAUGCAUGGCAGAACACAAGGAAACUCAGGAACAGGGGGAAUCUUGGGUUGCUUGUUCACAGAUCCCUCAAGGUUAAUAAAGGCAAGUGGCCCAUAUUGUUGCCUUGCCUACCUUUAUCAGUCAAGGCACCAAUUCUAAGAGCAGUGAGGUUCUGUUGGAGCUGUAUAAGAUUUUGGUUAGGGCACAGCUAGAGUACCAUGUGUAGUUCUGGUCACCACCCUAAUAGAAGGAUAUGAUUGCACUGGAGGGGAUACAAAGGAGAUUCACCAGGAUGUUGACUGGGAUAAAGCACCUUAACUAUGAAUAAGCAGGAAAAGCUUGAGUUGUUUUCUUUAAAGCAGAGAGUGUUGACCUGAUCGAGAUGCAUAGGAUUAAGAGGGGCUUAGACAGUGAAUAGAGGCAGCUGAAAGAUCAAUAACAAGGAUGUAUAAUUUUAAGGUGACAAGCAGGAGGUUUAGAGAUGACUUGAGGAAUUUUUCACCCGGAGGGUUGUGGAAAUCUGGAAUGCGCUGCCUGCGAGGGGACUUGAGGCAGGAAAUCACUCAACCUUUUAAAAAAAUAAAUGAGUACUUGAAAUGUCAUAACAUUCAAUGUUAUGGGCCUAGUAGGACUAGUGUAGAUUUUAGUAGUUUCUGUUGGGCUGAAGGGCCUCUUCUGUGCUCUGA